AUGAAGCUAGACGCGACUGAUGUGCGCUAUGUCACGCCGGAAGAGUUUCGUGUGCUCACUGCCGUCGAGAUGGGCUCCAAGAACCACGAGGUUGUGCCUACGGCUCUCAUUGCGCAAAUUUCGUCGCUUCGGCAUGCGGGCAUCAGCAAGCUGCUAUCGAGUCUGCUGAAACGCAAACUAGUGGCGCGCGUGCAGAACAACGUCUACGAUGGCUUCCGACUGACGUACGGCGGCUAUGACUACCUGGCUGUGCGUGCACUCAGCAAGCGCAAGACGCUAUACGCGGUCGGCAAUCAAAUUGGUAUCGGCAAAGAGAGCGAUAUCUACAUUGUCUCGAACGAAGAGGGCGAGCGGCGCGUGCUGAAGAUCCACCGCUUGGGGCGCAUCAGCUUCCGCAAGAUUAAGGAAAAACGUGAUUAUAUGGGCAAGCGCAAGAGCGCUAGCUGGAUGUACAUGAGCCGCCUUGCUGCGGAGAAAGAGUAUGCAUUUAUGCAGGCGCGGCACACAAUCCUCAUGAGCUAUGAGGACGCAUACCCCCUGCGCCAGAUUGCGUCACUGCCGCUGGACCAGGUGCAAAAACUCUACUCGGCGCUCAUGGCGCUGAUCGUGCGUUUGGCGCAGGCGGGCCUCAUCCACGGCGACUUUAACGAGUUUAACCUGCUCGUCAAGGAGGUGUAUCCCGACAGCGAUGAGGCGUCUGAGACGGACGCGCCAGACGCCCACGCAGAUACCAGCGGCGCCGAACCCGGCGUGGCGCCGGAAGACGCGGGACCGGUGGAGCGCGGUCGCGGCUUUGAGCGCGUCCUUGCUCGACCUCCUGAAGCCGAGGAGCAGGAGGGCGACGAUGAGCUGGAGGACAGCGACGACGACGUCAUUGCUUUCGAGGACGGCGUGCAGGUGGAGCCGAUUCUUAUCGACUUUCCUCAGAUGGUGAGUAUCGAGCACCCCAACGCCGAAUACUACUUUAUGCGUGAUGUCGACUGCGUUCGCCGCUUCUUCCGGCGUCGGUUCCGCUUCGAGUCAGAGGAGUACCCGACGUUUGCAGAGGCGGUGAACGACGUGCAGAGUGCAGAUGCGCGUCUCGAUGCCAAGACACGCGCAAGUGGCUAUGGCAAAGCUACCGAGGACGACGAGGCUUUUGCUAGCGUAUGUAUCGUGUGCUCACCACAGCAUAUGCGGCGCCUGCGCGUCGAGGAGGAUGAUAGCGAUUCGGACAUCGACGAAGAAGACGACGAGGACGAGGUCGAUGAGGAAGAGGAAGACGACGACGAAGAGGCCGACGGGGACGAGGUCGACGAGGACGAGGAGGUCGACGAAGAAGAUGAGGAGGAAGAGUAUGGGGACAGCACGGACGAGGACAGCGAGCGUGUAUCCACACCCGCUACCCCGACCGAGGCGCAAGAUCCAGGCGUGUCGCUGGACCGGUCGCAUGUGGCAUCGCGGGUAGCCGCAGCUCGCGCCCAGGCCCAGCGCCGCGCGCAAAAGCACCAUGGCCGAAAAGCCCAAGCGACCAAGACAGGCCGGCGCCACGGCGGUGGAAAGGCCAAGGACAUGCGGCCGCGUGGCUACGAGUCGGACCAGGGGCGCACCUACUAUUUUUGCGGCGGACGGGUGCAGACGUCGAAAGAUGCGCCGUGGGUGCUGGUCCUAACGCUCGGCUUCCUACUCGCUGGGCCAGCCUGCUGGCUAGCGUGGGAGUCGCCGUACUUGUGCCGCGCCGUAAGCCUAGCGCCUAUUGUCCUCGUUGUGUAUUUUUGGAUCAGUGCGGUGGCUGCGAUGCUGCGCACUGCCCUUACGGAUCCAGGUAUCCUCCCGCGCAAUGUGGGGUCCGGGCCCGACUUGGGACCGCCGGAUCGACGCGGCCCGUUCGAUAUCGACACGCCUGCGCUGGAGGUCAAGGACCGCGAGGAGCCUCUUGAGCGCGUGGACGAUGGCGGAUGCUCCAUCCUAGGGAAUUCCACGACCAUUACACGGCGCUGGUGCACCUCCUGUCGUCUUUACCGCCCACCGCGGAAUUAUACCACAUUCUAUGCAUUCCUCUGUCAUACGAUGGCGCUUCUUCUUACGAUUCUUGCGAGUACUAUCUGCAAACUGUACUUCCUCGCGGCACCGACGCGCGCCGAGCAGGCGCAAACGCGAGGCGGCGUGCGCACGGGCUUUGUGCACGCGCUGCAGGUAAGUCCACAAAGUGCCGUCUUCUUUUUUCUGGGCAUUGUGUGGCUCAUUCCCACGGCAUGCCUGUGGGUGUACCAUACGUGGCUCCUUCUGCAUAAUCGCUCGACCGUCGAGCAGAUCCGACUCGAGUCGACGAACCAGCUUUAUGACAUGCAUCGCGAUACGAAUGAGUGGAUGACCCAGAGCCUGUGCGCUCGCUCGUGCUCCCGCUUUAGCGCGCGGGUCCGCAACCUCUUUGUGGCGCCCGAGUACGCAACGCCCCUGCCGUCCAAGGACGCCCCGCCCCGGCCUGGGCGGCGGACACGCGGUCCCUUUCAGUUCCGCUCCUCGCUCAAAAAUGCACGCCAGGUGCUGGGCUAUCCCUUGCAGGCACGCUACCUCGUAGGAUCGCCGACCCACCCGGCCGCGCCUCCAUAG